GGCUAAAUUACGCAUUCUGCAGCAGUUGUCUAUAGUCAACAAGAUGAAUAGUCUUCUGUUGUUUGCUGUAGUUGUGUGCCUUUCUACUGUUUUUGCACAAGGUCCCUACAACAAUGGUUGUUCUUACUUGAGCGAUCCUGCAAAUGGUGGGGUGUCUGUGUUGUACAACGUUGCCAUCUACUCCUGCAACCGGGGUUAUCAGUUGCGUGGUGAUGCAAAGAGAACUUGUGUCUACAAUGAGUGGAAGGGCACAGAGCCGACUUGUCUACCAGUUUGUCCUGUUCUUGGAGAUCCCCGAAAUGGUGGAGUUAGUGUGUCUGCAUAUGGUACUACUGCUACUUACUCAUGCGACAGAGGCUACAAACUCGAAGGAAACAAACAGAGAACUUGUUCUUAUGGUGUGUGGUCAGGGUCAGAACCACACUGUAAGAAAGAGUGUCCCAAGCUUAGCGAUCCUGCAUAUGGUGAAGUGACAGUUGCAUACGACGUGGCUACUUACUCAUGUCAGUAUGGAUACGAACUGAAAGGAGAUAAAAAGAGAACAUGUUCAUAUGGUGUGUGGUCAGGUUCUGAACCCUGCUGUGAAAAAUUGUGUCCCGAGCUUGCCAAUCUCACAAAUGGUGAAGUGACAGUUGCAUAUAAUGGAACUACUGGUUCAUGUCGGUAUGGCGGUGUGGCUACUUACUCAUGCCAGUAUGGAUACAAACUUAAGGGAGAUAAAAGGAGAACAUGUUCAUAUGGUGUGUGGUCAGGUUCUGAACCCUGUUGUGAGAAAUUGUGUCCCAAGCUUGCCAAUCUCACAAAUGGUGAAGUGACAGUUGCAUAUAAUGGAGCUAAUGGUUCAUGUCGGUAUGGUGGUGUGGCUACUUACUCAUGUCAGUAUGGAUACGAACUGAAAGGAGAUAAAAAGAGAACAUGUUCAUAUGGUGUGUGGUCAGAUUCUGAACCCUGUUGUGAAAAAUUGUGUCCCAAGCUUGGCAAUCCCGCAAAUGGUGAAGUGACAGUUGCAUAUAAUGGAGCUACUGGUUCAUGUCGGUAUGGCGGUGUGGCUACUUACUCAUGUCGGUCGGGAUACAAGCUCAAGGGAAAUAGAAAGAGAACUUGUUCAUAUGGUAGGUGGUCAGGAUCUCAACCUCGCUGUGAAAAAUUGUGCCCUGAGCUUCGUGAUCCUGCACACGGUGAAGUGAAUGUUGCAUAUAAUGUAGCCACCUACUCAUGUGAUAGAGGGUACCAACUCAAGGGAAAUAAAUGGAGAACUUGCUCAUAUGGUGUGUGGUCAGGCUCACGACCAGAGUGUGUGUGUCCCAAGCUUAGCGAUCCUGCAUAUGGUGAAGUGACAGUUGCAUACGAUGUGGCUACUUACUCAUGUCAAUAUGGAUACAAACUCAAGGGAAGUAAGAAGAGAACUUGUUCAUAUGGUGUGUGGUCAGGUUCUGAACCCUGCUGUGAAAAAUUGUGUCCCGAGCUUGCCAAUCUCACAAAUGGUGAAGUGACAGUUGCAUAUAAUGGAACUACUGGUUCAUGUCGGUAUGGUGGUGUGGCUACUUACUCAUGCCAGUAUGGAUACAAACUUAAGGGAGAUAAAAGGAGAACAUGUUCAUAUGGUGUGUGGUCAGGUUCUGAACCCUGUUGUGAGAAAUUGUGUCCCAAGCUUGCCAAUCUCACAAAUGGUGAAGUGACAGUUGCAUAUAAUGGAGCUAAUGGUUCAUGUCGGUAUGGUGGUGUGGCUACUUACUCAUGCGAGUAUGGAUACAAACUAAAGGGAGAUAAAAGGAGAACAUGUUCAUAUGGUGUGUGGUCAGGUUCUGAACCCUGUUGUGAGAAAUUGUGUCCCAAGCUUGCCAAUCUCACAAAUGGUGAAGUGACAGUUGCAUAUAAUGGAGCUAAUGGUUCAUGUCGGUAUGGUGGUGUGGCUACUUACUCAUGCGAGUAUGGAUACAAACUAAAGGGAGAUAAAAGGAGAACAUGUUCAUAUGGUGUGUGGUCAGGUUCUGAACCCUGUUGUGAAAAAUUGUGUCCCAAGCUUGGCAAUCCCGCAAAUGGUGAAGUGACAGUUGCAUAUAAUGGAGCUACUGGUUCAUGUCGGUAUGGCGGUGUGGCUACUUACUCAUGUCGGUCGGGAUACAAGCUCAAGGGAAAUAGAAAGAGAACUUGUUCAUAUGGUAGGUGGUCAGGAUCUCAACCUCGCUGUGAAAAAUUGUGCCCUGAGCUUCGUGAUCCUGCACACGGUGAAGUGAAUGUUGCAUACAAUGUAGCCACCUACUCAUGUGAUAGAGGGUACCAACUCAAGGGUAGUAACAGGAGAACUUGCUCAUAUGGUGUGUGGUCAGGCUCACGACCAGAGUGUGUGUGUCCCAAGCUUAGCGAUCCUGCAUAUGGUGAAGUGACAGUUGCAUACGAUGUGGCUACUUACUCAUGUCAAUAUGGAUACAAACUCAAGGGAAGUAAGAAGAGAACUUGUUCAUAUGGUGUGUGGUCAGGAUCACAACCACGCUGUGAAAAAUUGUGUCCCAAGCUUAGCGAUCCUGCAUAUGGUGAAGUAGAUGUUGCUUAUAAUGUGGCCACUUACUCAUGUCAAUAUGGAUACAAACUGAAGGGAGAUGAACAGAGAACGUGUUCCAAUGGUGUGUGGUCAGGAUCUGAGCCAUCUUGUUUCAAAUUGUGUCGUACACUUGCAAAUCCUAGAUACGGUAAGGUCAGAGCUUCAUACAAUUCAGCUUUCUACUUGUGCAACUCCGGAUACGAGCUCAAGGGAAACGUAUGGAGGGUUUGCAAGAAUGGUGAAUGGACAGGAGAAGAGCCGUACUGUAGAAGAAAAUGUCCUAAGCUUACCGAUCCUGCACAUGGUGAAGUGACAGUUGUAUAUGAUGUGGCCAAUUACUCAUGUGACUAUGGAUACUACCUCAAGGGAAAUGAAAAUCGAAACUGUUCAUAUGGUGUGUGGUCAGGGUCACAACCAAACUGCGAAAAAUUGUGUCCAGAGCUCAGCAGUCCUGCAUACGGCACAGUAACAGUUGGAUAUAAUGUGGCUACUUACUCAUGCCAGUAUGGAUACAAACUGAAAGGAGAUAAAAAGAGAACUUGUUCAUACGGUAGGUGGACAGGGUCUCAACCUCGCUGUGAAAAACUGUGCCCUGAGCUUCGUGAUCCUGCACACGGUGAAGUGAAUGUUGCAUAUAAUGUAGCCAUCUACUCAUGUGAUAGAGGGUACCAACUCAAGGGAAGUAACAGGAGAACUUGUGAAUAUGGUGUGUGGUCAGGCUCACAACCAGAGUGUGUGUGUCCCAAGCUUAGCAAUCCUGCAUAUGGUGAAGUGACAGUUGCAUACGACGUGGCUACUUACUCAUGUCAGUAUGGAUACAAACUCAAGGGAAAUAAGAAGAGAUCAUGUUCAUAUGGUGUGUGGUCAGGGUCACAACCAAACUGCGAAAAAUUGUGUCCAGAGCUCAGCAGUCCUGCAUAUGGCGAAGUAACAGUUGGAUACAAUGUGGCUACUUACUCAUGCCAGUAUGGAUACAAACUGAAAGGAGAUAAAAAGAGAACUUGUUCAUAUGGUGUGUGGUCAGGUUCAGAGCCAUCUUGUGUAAAAGAGUGUCGUCAGCUUGCAAAUCCAGCAUAUGGUCAAGUGAGUAUCACAUACAACGAAGCUACUUACUCAUGUGACUAUGGAUACAAACUCAACGGAAACAAGAAACGAACUUGCAGUGCAUAUGGUGUGUGGUCAGGGUCAGAGCCAUCUUGUGAUGAAAGUUGUGAUGAACUGGUUAAUCCUACUUAUGGCUCAGUUCAAGUAUCAGGCGACACAGCUAUCUAUCGAUGUAUUUAUGGUUACAGACUUGUGGGAAGCAAGACUAGAACAUGCGUUUAUGGAAGCUGGGAUGGGUAUCAGCCUCAUUGUGUAAAAGAUUGUUUGUAUCCUGGUAGUCCGAGAUAUGGUCAUGCAGAAGUUGAGAAUGAUCGUGUGACCUACCAUUGUGACAAGGGAUAUGUUCUACAGGGUCAGAAAUAUCGAGACUGCAGGGAUGGACGAUGGCGUGGACAGGAACCUCGCUGUAUCAUAUCUUAUAAUUGAGUGAUUGCAAGAGGCUUGUAUAGGCUGGAUUGAUUGAAUUUGCAGUCAAGUAGUUUGUUGGUUGAAAAGUUUUGACUUCAGUUUUGAUUUACUCAAGAUUCUCGA